AUGGCCACUCUUCGUUCCGUGUUCAUCCUCGCCUUGGUCCUCGUCUCUCUCCCUGCGCUCUAUGCCACGUCCGCGCCAUUGCGGGGCGACGUCGCUGCUGGAAGCGCAGGCGUGGACGCGGCGAGUUGGGGCCGCAAGCUGCUGGAAGCGAGCAGCGGUGCGGACGUGGACCAGCAGGGCGGAGAGGAGGAGGUGGGGGAGGUGACGGACGGGCUGGACGAGGCGGUGCGGGUGCUGCUGAGCUGGAAGAAGAUCAAGAACGGGAUCAAGAACGCGGCGAGCAAGGCGGGAGGGGUGGCGAAGAAGGUGGUGCAGAAGGGCGGCGUGGAGGCGCUCAAGGCGGCGGCCAAGGGGUACAGCAACGGCGGCAUGAAGGGCGCUCUCAAGGCCGGCGGUGGCUCGCUUGCGCGCACCGGGAAAACGAUGGUCGGAGACGGCGAGGGGAUGGGAGGUGCGCUGUGCGAGGGGAUGAAGGGCGCUGUGAAGGGAGGCGGUGGCUCGCCCGCACGCACCGCGGCGACGAUGGUGUAG